ACCAGGUUCAGGUCUCGUCCCUGGAAAACCGCUCAGAGUGAGAGCUCCUUCGCGGCUGCGGGUGCGCGUGUGUGCGCGCUGGUCGCGCCGACGAUCAGAUCCGCGAGAAGCUGCAGCUGCGCGGACGCUUCGCAGCGUCUCCGCCGAGAAGUUUGGCGAAUAAUUAAUCCAGAAAAGGUCCGACGGGGAGAAGUUCUGGGUUUGCUCGUUACGCCCAGGGAGCCGAGCGUAGUGGACGAACCGGGACCGGGUCGGUGGAUCCGGAGGGGUUCGAGCUGCCGCUGCGUGAGUUUACGGCUCAGUUUCUUGUCGCUUUGAGCCGCGAUGGAAGCGGAAAACGCGCCCAGUGAGAGAUGAGAAACCACACGUCUGCAGCUUUUCAUGGUUGUUUUCUGCCACCGCAGCAGCAGCAGGAUUGAUUUAAACCCCUAAAAACUCAAUUACCCACAACUCCCAGUUUGGAGCCUGCGGCCUCAGAGAUGUUUGGAGGGAGAAGCGUCUCCCUGGGAUGUGAAAGGAAACCUCUGGGCCGCUGAGGAAGCUCCAGCGCAGGUGGACGUUGAGUUUUUCUCCUGUCUGGACCACGUCACGGAGCAGCCAAUGUCUGACGAGCACUUUGCCCCUCCCCCUCGCCCCGCCCCCGCCGCUCCGGCCCCGCCCACGCCGUCGCCGUCCCCCAGCCCGCCGGGCCUGUGCAGCCGGCUGUCCAACGGCAGCCGGGCCAACCCGAGCCCCAGCGGCUCCCGGGGGUCCAUCCACGGCGUGUCCUUCCUGCUCCAGAUCGGCCUGAGCAGGGAGACGGUGAGCCUGGAGGGGGGGGAGCACUCGCUGUCCGAGGUCCGGGAGCUGGUCUGCUCCAUCGUGGACCAGAAGUUCCCUGAAUGUGGCUUUUUCGGGAUGUACAACAAGAUCCUGCUCUUCCGCCACGACCUGAACUCGGACAACAUCCUGCAGCGUCUGACCUCGGUGGAGGAGAUCCAGGAGGGCGACUUGGUCGAGGUGGUGCUGUCUGCUCUUGCCACAACUGAGGACUUUCAGAUACGACCGCACACGCUGUACGUUCACUCCUACAAGGCUCCGGCCUUCUGCGACGACUGUGGGGAGAUGCUGUGGGGUCUCGUCAGGCAGGGCCUCAAAUGUGAAGGAUGUGGACUCAACUACCACAAACGAUGUGCGUUCAAGAUCCCCAACAACUGCAGCGGCGUCAGGAAGAGACGCCUGUCCAACGUGUCCUUGCCGGGCGCCAUCGUGUCCAUCGCACGUCCACCGUCGACCGAGUUGACGCCGGCGCCACAGGAUGAGCAGCGCCCCCUCUUGGGUGCAGGGAAGCGUAACUCUCUGCUGAGCGGUCGACCCAUCUGGAUGGAGAAGAUGGUCCUGGGUCGGGUCAAGGUCCCGCACACGUUCUCAGUCCACACCUACACUCGGCCGACCAUGUGUCAGUUCUGCAAGCGGCUGCUGAAGGGGCUGUUCCGCCAGGGAAUGCAGUGCAAAGAUUGUAAGUUUAACUGUCACAAGAGAUGUGCAGCCAAAGUUCCUCGGGACUGUCUGGGCGAGGUGGACUUUAACGGGGAACCACUCAGUCCCAAUAUGGACUCUGACACAACGAUGGAAGUCGACACCUGUGACGUCAACAGCGACGGCGGUCACAGUAUGGACGAGCAGGACGAGCUGUCCACUCCUGAAGACAAGCUCUUCUUCAUCGAGGGUUCUGGCACUGACGGGGAGAAGGAUGACGAGACGCUCAGAGCCAUCAGUCCGUCCACCAGCAGUAACAUCCCUCUGAUGCGUGUGGUUCAGUCCAUCAAACACACCAAGAGGAAAAGCUCCACGGUGGUUAAAGAGGGCUGGAUGGUGCACUACAGCAGCCGCGACAGCCUGAGGAAGAGACAUUACUGGAGGCUGGACUGCAAGAGUCUGACUCUGUACCAGAAUGAAAGUGGAGCCAAGUACUACAAGGAGGUCCCGCUGUCUGAGAUCCUCCAGGUGGAGCCUGCGCAGGACUUCAGCAGUUUGCCUCAGGGCAGCAACCGGCACUGCUUCGAGGUGAUCACAACAAACAUAGUGUACUACGUGGGGGAGGACGAUGGCAGCCUGUGCCACAACCCAGUUCUGGCGGCGUCUGGGGUGGGACGGGAUGUGGGCCAGAGCUGGGAGAAGGCCAUCCGACAGGCCAUGAUGCCCGUCACGCCCAAGACCAGCGUCGCCACCGGGCCGAGUCCAGGAAAGGACCACAAGGAACUUUCCAUCAGCAUAUCAGUGUCCAACUCCCAGAUUCAGGAAAACGUGGAUAUCAGCUCAGUUUACCAGAUCUUUGCUGAUGAGGUCCUUGGCUCUGGACAGUUUGGAGUCGUCUAUGGAGGUAAACACCGAAAGACCGGAAGAGACGUAGCCAUUAAAAUCAUCGACAAGAUGAGGUUUCCCACCAAGCAGGAGAGCCAGCUGAGGAACGAGGUGGCCAUUCUGCAGAACCUCCACCACCCGGGCAUCGUUAACCUGGAGUGCAUGUUUGAGACGCCAGAGCAGGUGUUUGUAGUGAUGGAAAAGCUUCAUGGAGACAUGUUGGAGAUGAUUUUAUCCAACGAGAAGAGCCGGCUGCCUGAACGCCUCACCAAGUUCCUGGUCAUACAGAUCCUCGUGGCCCUCAGACAUCUUCACUUCAAGAACAUCGUCCACUGUGACCUGAAGCCCGAGAACGUGCUGCUGGCCUCAGCAGAACCCUUCCCUCAGGUGAAGCUGUGCGACUUUGGCUUCGCUCGUAUCAUCGGGGAGAAGUCGUUCCGCCGCUCGGUGGUCGGCACGCCUGCCUACUUGGCACCUGAAGUGCUGCGAAGCAAAGGCUACAACCGGUCUCUGGACAUGUGGUCGGUCGGCGUCAUCAUCUACGUCAGCCUGAGCGGCACAUUUCCUUUCAACGAGGACGAGGACAUCAACGACCAGAUCCAGAACGCCGCCUUUAUGUACCCGCCCAACCCUUGGAAGGAGAUCUCAGAGGGGGCCAUAGACCUGAUUAACAACCUGCUGCAGGUGAAGAUGAGGAAGCGCUACAGUGUGGACAAGUCUCUGAGCCACCCCUGGCUGCAGGACUAUCAGACCUGGCUGGACCUCAGGGAGUUCGAGACCCGACGAGGCGAGCGCUACAUCACCCACGAGAGCGACGAUGCCCGGUGGGAGGAGUACGCGGACGAGCGAGGCCUGCACUGCCCCAAACACUUCAUCAUGUCGCCCAACCUGGACGACAUGGAGGAGGACCCCUAGUCCGAGGACCCCUCCUCAGGGUCGAGAAGGGGAGGCCUCAGUGGUUCCGUGGACCCCCAGGAGGCCCCGGCGAGGCCCCGGCGGGUCUAUCAGACCUGGCUGGAGGCCCCGGCGGGUCCGCAAACCCCCAGGAGGCCACACAUUUCAUACCUUUCUCUUAUUUCCCUACAAACCACAACAAACAGUCUUUGUCACUCUAGAACUUAAAGGUCUCUCUUUCUAAUCCUGACCACUGUCACAGAAGCUAAGAACCAGUCCUGAAACUUUAUAUCUACAACUUUAGCUUAUAAGUAUAUUUUGAUAUUUAAUGAUUUUGUUGUUUUAGAUCACAAAGCUGUUUGAAUGAUUGACACUGUGAUGCAGUGAGACAGACAGCUGCUGCUCUCUUCCUGUGGAAACCUGAAGCUUUGUUGAUCUGAUCCAACUCCAGCCUGAGAAUUCACAUUUUGUAUUUUUGCUAGAAACUUUGUGUUAUAUGAAAAUAAUUGACAAAAAAUAUUAAAGUGAACAGACUCAGACUUUUAAAUUAGAUUUGAACCUUUUUUUUAACUUUAGAUUUGUUUCAUAGCAGUAGAAUAACUGACACAAUCAGCUACAAACAGGCAGCAAAUACGUGUUCAUUCCUUGAGGUGAAUUUAAAAAGGAUACACAUUUUACAAUUACCUGAAUUUUUGCUGUGUCUCAAGAAAACAAACCAACUCAGUAUUUCUUUUAUUGCAGAAAUGAAGUUGAACACAACUGAGUGUUUUAAUUGUCUUUAGUUUAGAAGCUUUAAUAAAAUCCAGUAAUUAUUUCCAA